AUGUCGAAUGACGAACCCGAAUCAGUACUAUUCCGUCGAGGCACAGAUGGCAUCACAUUGAUUGCCAUAAAUAGAGUACAACGCCGCAAUGCCGUGAAUCCAGCAACCGCUCUGAAGUUAGCCCAAGCAUUCACCUCAUUCGAAGAGGACGAAACACAAAAGAUUUGCGUCUUUCACAGCACACACGGCUCAUUUUGCGCCGGUUUCGACCUUGUAGAACUGGCACAGACGGCUGCGUCCAACAAAACGCCGCCAUCCGUCCAGACACUCAAUGGCCGUGAACUGGGACCUAUGGGCCCGUCGCGGAUGCAAGUCAAGAAGCCCGUCAUCUGUGCUGUCGAGGGAUACGCGGUGGCUGGAGGACUGGAGCUGUCACUGCUGGGAGAUAUUCGAGUUGCUGCUGAAGAUGCCGUCUUUGGUGUCUUUUGCCGUCGCUUUGGCGUACCACUCAUCGAUGGCGGCACGGUGCGUCUACAAGCCAUUGUCGGUCUUGGACGGGCGAUGGAUAUGAUCUUGACAGGCCGACCUGUUACAGCACCAGAAGCACUGCAAAUGGGAUUGGUGAAUCGAGUGGUAGCAAAGGGUCGGGCGUUGGAUGAAGCCAUGAAGAUUGCGAAACAGUUGCUCACCUUUCCGCAAGCAUGCAUGAAUGUCGACCGAACAAACUGCUACUACUCGGCGUACAAUGCCAAAUCAUUUGAAGAUGCUUUGCAGCAAGAGUACAAUUCUGGCGUGCAAGUGGUUUCGACAGAGAGCAUCGCCGGUGCAACCGAGUUUAGCCAAGGCAAGGGGAGACAUGGGGAUUUCAAAACCUCAAAACUUUGA